GCCAAGUCGGUCCCCAUCGCUUUUGCGACGAACGUCAAUUCGCCUCUCCCUUCUCUUUCUUUCUCCUCCCGCCACGUUGUCAACCCCGGACGGUUUAGGAGCCUGCUGUCUGAACCUCCCUCCUUUUCCCUUUCGUCAUGGCGAACUUGCUUAAGAAUGUGUUCGGUGGCUCCCAGCCAUCGGGUGCAGCCAAGGUUGAGGAUGACUUCGCCGACUUCGUGAGCGCUCCGAACCCGUCUCCUGCCUCUAUCGUGGCCUCUUCGGCCUCCCCGGUGCCGGCGUUCAACACCCAGGGCGUCGGAGCUGGCGUCCCGUAUACGAAAUGGUACCGGGUGUGGGAGCGGACGUCGCCCAAGGACUUCAUCCAGGAGGCCAUGGUGGCGCCCAUCAUCCUGCUGAUUGUCGUCUUCCAUCUCUGGGGUACGCGGAAGAACCGACGCAAGGCCCGGGACUGGGCCCAGGCUCACGCAUCCGCCCUUCACAGCGAAUUCGCCGUCGUGGGCUUCAACGGCGCCCAGAAGUCGGAGGAUGUCGCCUCGGAGCUGAUUUCCCCGGACUCCUUGUUGAAGGAGAAGACCCCCCAGGAGUUUACCUCGUACGCUACCGGCCGACAGAACGUGGCUUUCGUGGACAUCGCGGUCAAGCUGCCCAAGCGCUACAACCCCGUCACCUACUGGAUGGACUUGGUCUUCGGUUUCCUGUUCGACAGCUGGCAGGCGCCCACCGAGACAUUCGAGGCCGUUGCGUAUACUUUUGAUGGCAAGGAGAAGGACGUGGUUCCCGUUCCUGCCCAGGACACUUCCUCUCUCAAGGUCAACAACUCGACCUACGACAGCUUUAUCUGGGCCGUUGUGCAUAAGAACCAUAUGCGCCAGUUCCGUAAUGAUCGCUACGACGCUUCGAUGACUUUCACCAGGGACAAUGCCAAGCUCCCCCAGUGGGUCACUGUGAUGACUGAGAGUGCCGAGAUCACCGACGCUCUUCUUACCCCGGAAUUGAUCCAGGCCAUUGAGAAGGCCGGCGAGGAUUUCAAGUACCUGAUUGUCACGGACCAGCCUACGGACAAGCCUCUGAAGAUCGAGGAAACUACCCCUAGAAAGCGCAUUCAAGUCUGCACGAGCCUUCCUUCUUCUGCCUCCGGAUAUGCCUCUACGCUGCCCCUGUUCACUCAGUUCCUCCGCUUUGCCGACAAGCUUGUGGCCUCGGCUCACUUCCGUGCUGAGGUGCUGCGCAAGGUCCGAAACGCCCGCGAGGAGGAAAUCAAGAAGCUCCGUCGCGUGGAUGAAGAGGAAAAGGCCGAAGAGCGCAAGUUGGCCGCCGAGAAGAUCAAGAAGGAGGAGCGUGAACGUCUCCUGCGUGGCAUGAGCGCCGACGAGCAGCGCAAGUUCCUCGAUCGGGAGCGCGAGAAGGGACAGCGCCGUUCCAUGAAGCGGUACACCAAGAAGGGUUAAACUUGCUCCGAACCAGACGAAGGAAGGAGAAUCAAGGCGCGGUGGAUGAAAAGCGAUCGGCUUGUAAUGCUACUUUGGCAUACCUUCAUGUAUCAUGUAUUCCUAAUCUAUUUUGGUGAGUGUCUGGGCGGAUCAGGAUGUUAAUAUUGAUUGUGUGGACGAUUACCUUGUCUUCUGCUUAGAAGUGCAGAACUAUCGAAUUGAUGCGUUGAUUAUGGUUACGUUUUCGCGAGUGUCUGGCAGAACUUUCCCUCAGUCUUACUUUCUUUCUCUUCCAUCCCUCCUUCCUUUCGGGUCCAUCGGACUUCACUUGAACUUCAACUCUCGGGUUUGACACGACCCUAAUCAUCAUGCCUGGAUCAAUGUACUCAUUCUAAUUAAACCCCAUUCAUAC